AUGCCAGAUAUAUCUGAUGCAAGAUAUACUAGUAAUGGCAUUGAACAACAAGGAUUUGUUCAGCAAUUUGAUAUCUUUAUGGAUUCAUGUGUUGUUGAGAUUCCUGAGUCAUGCAUUCUAAUGGAUCAAAUUCAUAAUACUACUCCAUUUGAUAGAUUGCAUAGAGUUUUUGGUGAUGGAUACAGAUUUAAGUACAUCAGAUGCAUGACAAGUGUGAGAAAUGGUAAAGUCUCUGUUUACAAGGUAUCUGCUCUAAAUGUUGCAAUAGCUGAUCCUACACUAACUGAUAUCUUUCUUAGGAUGCAUCAAGAACAUGUAUUACUUCUGAACUAUGAUAUUCCAAAAGAUUGUCUAAACAUAUCUUCUAGGGCUGUUAUCAAGGAGUUUCUUCUUGAUAAUGGAAUCAGUAGCAAUGAUAUUCUUGAUGAUGAAGAUGAAAUAUGA